AUGACAGAUAAUAAUAUAAUUCCUCCCCCUCCGAUCCCUAAUAAUCAAUUUUCAGUCACAAAUCGUGUAGAAUCAAUUCUUACACACAAAGUUGAGCCAGAUGGAACCAGAAUGUAUCUAGUUAAAAUAAUUGGUCAAAGCUACAACCAUCUAGAAUGGGUUCCUCCAUUCGAACUGCUUAAAACACUCACAGGUCGAUCGAUGAUUAAAACGUAUAAUAAAUUGUAUCCGGAUAAGCCACCAGAUCCACCAUUCUUCGAUAGUGAUUAUACGAUACCCGAAAGAAUUAUAGCAGAACGCAACGGAAAAUAUCUAAUAAAAUGGAAAUCUCUCGAUUAUGAAAGCACAUCAUGGGAAAACAUCGAUGAAAUUACAGAAGAAGAUAUCAUACAGGAGUUUAAAGAGAGAACAAGAUUCCCCUCACCUGAAGAAUUGAAUCCUGACGUAGAUUACACUUAUCAAAAGGUCGAAUCAUUACCUACAUCAAAGAGUGGCUUCUCUGUUCGAAAUUAUCAACUAGAUGGGUUGAAUUUCUUAAUGAAUUGCUGGUGUAACCAUAGAAAUGCGAUUCUUGCUGAUGAAAUGGGUCUCGGAAAGACUUUACAAGUUUCUGUAUUCCUUAAUACGCUUAAUAAACUCAAAAAGAUACGUGGACCUUUCCUUAUUAUUGUUCCUUUGUCAACAAUCGGACAUUGGGAGCAAGAAUUGGAAGAAUGGACUGAUUUGCACUGUACACUAUUCUGCUUCAAUAAAUAUCGCCGCGAAAUAUGCAAAACAUACGAAUUUUACUUCGAAAAUACAAGAAUUCCGAUUUUUCAAGUUUUAUUAACAACUUACGAUUACAUUACAAGAGAAAAUGAGUUAUUUUCUGGUGUAAACUGGGAAGUAAUCGUUUGCGAUGAGGCUCACAAGAUGAAAAACUCAAAUUCCAAAUUAAUGCAAAAUAUGAAAAACUUAAAGUCAAAAUUCAAGCUUUUGCUUACGGGAACUCCUAUUCAGAACUCAACUCCUGAAUUAUGGAGCUUGUUAAACUACAUAAAUCCAGAAAAAUUCGAAUCUCUCGAAGAAUUUCAAGAAAAAUUCGGAACAGUUAACGAAUCAAGCCAAAUAUCACAACUAAACAGUAUUCUCAAGCCAAUCAUGCUCAGAAGAGUCAAAAGCGACGUAGAAAAAAGUUUAACUCCGAUUGAAGAGAUAAUUAUCGAAUGUAAGAUGACAGACGUACAGAAAUAUUAUUACAGGAGUGUAUUCACACGAAAUACGGUGUUCUUGCUAAGAGGAACUGAAAAAAAGACGCCAAAUUUUUUAAUGAAUAUUACGAUGGAAUUAAGAAAGGUUUGUAAUCAUCCUUAUCUUAUACAAGGUGCAGAAGAAAAUAUUAUGAGGGAUUUGAACAAAACCGGCGAAAUUAAAACAAUUCAAGACGGAUUAAUCAGAAGUUGCGGUAAAAUGAUAUUGCUCGAUAAGCUCCUGGACAGGCUGUUACCAGAGGGCCAUAGAGUUCUUAUUUUCUCUCAAUUUACGCUAAUUUUAGAUAUUAUCCAAGAUUACUUGAAUUUAAAGGGUAUUAAAUAUGUAAGACUCGAUGGUAAUGUUAGAGGUCCAGAACGGCAAGCAGCAAUUGAUAAUUUCAGCAGAGAUGGCUCAGAUAUUCCGAUAUUCCUUCUUACGACUCGCGCCGGCGGCCAAGGAAUUAACCUGACAGCGGCAGAUACUGUCAUCAUCUACGACAGCGACUGGAACCCUCAGAACGAUAUCCAGGCCACUGCAAGAUGCCACAGAAUUGGUCAGACAAAAAGUGUCAAGGUCUAUCGUUUUCUUACAUCAAAUUCUUAUGAAAGAUCGAUGUUUGACAUUGCCUCUAGGAAGCUUGGCCUUGACCAUGCUGUAUUAGAAGGUUCCAGCAAGGAGCGAUCCGAAAAUCUCGAUAAACUUCUGAGAUUAGGUGCUUAUUACCAAUUUUACUCUAAUGACAGCGACGACAACAAGUUUGCGAGUGAAGAUAUCGAUGACAUCAUCGCCCACUCCCAAAGGAUUCGCCAUGAGUCCGUUUUCGGUGGAGAAGGAUCAACAUUUUCAAAUGCUCAGUUCGAAGUCAACGAAGCAGAGCUUGAAGCGCCUUCUUUCUGGAAGAAACUGCUUGUAGAUAUAGGAGAUGAUGAUGCCGGCGAGUCAAUUGAACAAGCAAUCGCUGAUUCAUGGACAAAGAAAAAAUUUAAGCGGUUGAGGAACACUUUCUUCGAUUUCGGAUAUGGCAGAUGGAAGAGGAUAACUGAACAAUGUGGAAGCAACAUCCAAAUCAACGAAGCGAAGUCAAUUUGUAGAAUAAUUCUGAAAUGGCUUCUAGAAGUUGCAGAUGACCCAACAGACAUUGUCCACAAGCUCUACAAUAACCAGCAAGACGACGAGUACUCCGAAAAGUUCAAUCAAAAGUACAGAUCUGAAUUUUCUCCAUUAGUUACUAAAAACGCUUCUUUAAGGAUCGAAAGGAUCGAAGUAUUGCAUUGCUUGAACUGUGCGACUAAAAGCUGCUCAAAUGCUCCAGAAGGACUUGUUCUUCCAAAUUGUCCCGGAGAAUUGCCUUCAGAUACAUGGUCGAGCGAAGAUGACAGGCAAUUACUGUAUGGCAUGUGGCAGCAGGGCGUUUCUUCCUAUUUUAGAGCUGAUAUCAACCAAAAAAAUUUAUUAAAAAGAUUGAACCAGUUAAUUCAUGGUUGGAAGUCGAUGUUUUUGCAUUACAGCAUGACAUCACCUGAUCCGAAGCUGUUUACACAUAAUACUUUGCUUGAAGCUUCGAAUUAUUGGAAAAUUGAAGAACAUAACGCCGUUAUUAACACUUUAAUCGAUUACGGGUUCACGAAUGCCAAUGACUUCAUGAAUAAGGCCAGGAUUAACAAAGUUCCUGACUGCGUGAGCCAAUACGUAAAAAUUAUUUACGAUGCAAGCAGAGAUGACAGUUGUGACCAAGCAAUUCUGAAGAAACUGUUGUCCAGCCACGAUUCACAGCUUCUAAUUGAAAGAAAAACCUUUUUUGCCAAACUUAGAAAGGCAAAUGAAGAAAUUUCGGAUCCGCAGAACGAUGAUGAGCGAUUACUUGUUAAAGUCUGCAAGUUUGGACUCCAAGGAUGCUCCGAAAAUGGCCAAACAUCGUCAAUUGUCAAAAGAUUAAAUGAUUUUCUGAAAAACUCGAAUCUUAUCGAGAAAACAAACAUCGAGCAGAUCAAAUUACCCAAAAUCCUCAAGAAAUCCAUGAAUUUGAUCUCUCUAGGCAAAGUUGUUUGGAAUCGACCAGGAUUUCACAGUGAAAGGUAUCUUUAUCCUGAUGGUUUCAAGACAGAAAGGAAGUACAUCUCCGUGAUUAACCCGAAAGACAGAGUUUGGUACAUUUCGGAGAUAAUUGACGAUGGAAAAGAAAAUCCUUUGUUUAGAGUAUCAAUGAGGGACAUGCCUGAAGUAAAAUGGGAAGGAAGAAGUGCAUCUAAGGUCUGGAGUGAAGUUUUGAAGGCAGUUAAUAAAAAAAGAAAAGAAAUUGGAGAUUUGUCAAAAAAUUCCAAUUCAAUUUCUGGCCCCGACCACUACGGACUCUCCAACCCUUUAGUUCUCAAGUACUUCUCGCAAAUGGAGAACAUUGACAAGCUGAAAAGUUUUGUUCCAACUGUAGGCCAAAUUAAAGAGGAAGAAGACGAGUUCGUCAUAGAUUUUGCAAAAUUGUUCGCAAGAGCAAGAGAACUGAAAGGAUUAUAA